UGUACGUGACGGCACGAGAAAUUACGAGAUAUGGGGCGAAUAUGGCGGAUAGAAGUUCAACGCAUGAGAUUACUCACUACAUAAAUGUUGAAAAUGCAAAGAUUGUAGCCUUUUUGAUGGUUGUUGGAUUUGUUAUGUACCAUAGCAUAAUCCACCUAAAAUAUGGAAAUGAUUCAUGUAAAUGGCUUCUUAGUGAUGGACGUUUCCCAGGUUACAAUACUUGGCAACCGUAUGGAUGUAUGACCCACAAAUACACCAAAUCAGAUGCCCGAAUGUGUAUGCAUUAUAUAUCGUAUUGGGGAGGAAGGAACCACAUUGUUUUUUUAGGAGAUUCUCGUAUUAGACAAUUGUACUUCCAUUUUAUUAAUCUGAUCAGUAAUGAUGAAGUCAAAAAGUUCAAGGCACACAGAGAUGUCCAUUUUCAAGAUAAUAAGAUCAAUGCAAGAGUGGAUUUUUUAUGGCACCCAAUGGUUAAUAUAUCUAUGUAUAAUGUAUAUAAGAACUGGUUGAUUAGUGAACCCAGUGCCAGACCUAAUCUAGUUAUAACAAGUAGUGCUACAUGGAGUAUAAAAUUAAGUAAUGGAAGUAAAGAAGCAUUGAAAAAUUUUGAAGUAAAUUUAACAUAUAUCUUACCAUUUGUCAAUAAAUUGAAAGAUUCAACAAAGAUUUUGUGGCUUUUGCAAGAUCCUGUAGUAGAAGAAAAACUGAAUGCUAACAGAUCAGCAAUAACUAAUGAACAGAUAGAUUAUUAUAAUAAAGUCUCUCUAGAUAUACUAGAGAAUAGUGCUGCCACACUAUGGAGUUCAUCGCGGUUAGUAGCUCAAGGCAUGAGGAAAGAAUCACCAGAUGGAUUACAUAUUUCAAAGUCAGCCUUGGAACUGGAUAUACAGUUAUUAGUAAAUAUGUAUUGUAAUAAUGAUAUGAAUCAUAAUGAUGGUACAUGUUGUAAUACACCUGAAGCUACAACGCCGCUACAGAUUGUUACAGCUUCUGUUUUUCUAGUAUGUAUUGUAUCCGCUAUAGCGUUAUAUAUCUACAAGCGUAGACUACGAAGAAAUGGUUUAAAAAACAGGACAGCAGCAGAAAAUGGUCAGAGAAAUGGUCAAGCCACAGAUUUAAAAGAAAACACAACAGAAUCGGCAACAGAAGUCAUGUCAUCACUUGCUAAAUUAGGAAUCAUUAUGUUCUAUUUUUAUCUUUGUGACAGAACCAACUUUUUCAUGAAAGAGAACAAAUACUACACCCACGUCAACUUUUUCUUGCCGUUUGCAUAUGUUAUGAUUUUAGGAUUUUUCUUCACCGAAAACACAGAACGGACUGCUUUAUUACAUCGAGAUCAAACAGAUGAAUGGAAAGGUUGGAUGCAAUUAGUUAUAUUAAUAUACCAUUUAACUGGAGCUAGUAAGAUCUUGCCUAUCUACAUGCACAUCCGUGUUUUAGUUUCAUCUUAUUUAUUUUUAACUGGAUUCGGCCAUUUUACAUAUUUUUGGAAUAAAGGAGAAUAUGGUCUGUUCAGAUUUUGUCAGCAUGGGUGUUGGAAAAUAUCACAUUAUUGGCAAAACAGAAAUAACAGCUUUCAUCGUAUGCUUGAAGUUUUAUUCCGGUUGAAUUUGUUAGUGGUAUUAUUAUGUUUUGUUAUGAACCGACCAUAUCAAUUCUACUAUUUCGUUCCACUUGUUUCAUAUUGGUUUGUUAUUAUGUAUGUUACAAUGGCAAUUUGGCCACACCUAACCAAAGCUUCAGCAGAAGCAAAUUCCUUUCAUUAUUUAUAUAUGAUCAUCAAAUUUAUCAUCUUAAUUACCUGUAUAUCUUUAUUUUAUUUAUCUGAGGUGUUCUUUGAGAAAGUAUUUUUAACUCGUCCCUUUAAAGCUUUAUUUGUCACAUCAGAUGAUUCUAUCCAUGAAUGGAGAUUUAGAUGGCAGUUAGAUAGAUAUAGUGUGGUGUACGGUAUGUUAUUUGCAUUUGGUUAUCAGAUGUUAUUGAAGUAUAAAAUAGUCAGUGAUAACCUAACUACAGAUUUAUUCUCUAAACCUCUGUCAUAUAUUGUAACUGGUACAGGUUUAGUUGGUCUACUGGGGUAUACCAUAUUUGCUUGUUUCUGUAGAAAUAAACCAGAGUGUAAUGAGUUUCACUCUUAUCUAACUUUUAUACCUAUUGUAUCAUAUAUAUUUUUACGUAAUGUACCUGGUUGGUUAAGAACACGAUAUAGUUCAUUCUUUGCUUGGUUUGGCAGAAUUUCUUUAGAAUUAUUCAUCACCCAGUAUCACAUAUGGUUAGCAGCUGACACACAUGGUGUUCUUGUCUUAAUACCCAGUUAUCCAGUCCUAAAUGUUAUUAUUACUUCUUUCAUAUUUAUUUGCAUAAGCCACGAGAUUUCAAGAGUGACAGGAGUGUUGGUGAAAUAUGCUGUGCCGUCAGAUUGGAAAUCUUUGUUAAGAAACAUUAUUUUAUUUACUGCUAUUUUGUUACCAGUGGGUAUUGUAAAUGGUAUGUUUUAUUAAAUUCUUUGAAAAAGAGUUUCCCCAUCAACAAAUGUUAUGCCAAAAGGGCUUAAUGUCGGUCUUUUUGUAGAAUGGUGAGAUUGAAGAAGAGUUUGUUAAAAUCAUUGUGAUAUUUCUCUUUUAGCAGGGUUCUUUUAACACUUUUCCUGUAUGUGAAAACUCUCUUUUGCCAAACAUUCUAAGUAAUGUGAAAUAUGGCAUAAUUCUUUGAAGUCGGUUUUCAGAUCAUAUUAACUGACCAAACAAAUUGUUUGUUGAAGACAUACAAGUUUGUGUUUUGUUGAAGGAUUAGAAAAAAAAUAUAUAUAUUUUCUUUUAACACAUCACCGGAUACAAAACAAUCAUUUGGUUGUGAAAUUGACAAAUACUGAAUCCUUAAAGCCACGUUUCAUAUAAUUUUCCAAUGGGUUUAGUAUAGCGGGUAAUGAAUCUCUAAAAUGGUAGCGAUCAAAAACUUCAGCUAAAUGUCAGGGUCAUUAUAUCUUUAUUCUGAACUUGACAGAAAGUACGUAUUUUGUAAUGAGAAAAAUCAAAACUAUGGUAAUAGAUCAAAGCAGUAAUAGAAGUGGUGAUGUUGUGGCGAUACUUUAUAAUUAUAUGUUUUAAAGGAAAAUAGAAAUAUUGUGCCAAAGAUAAAUUAAAAUCUAAAUCUAAAACUAAAUUAAGAAUAAUUUAGUAUGUGUUGGAACAAGUUUAGAUUGUGUUACACUAUACAUACUAUAUAUAUUUAUCAUAAUAAAGAAUAAUGCAAUUUGAAAUAUACUGUAAAUAACUUGGUAUAUUAUAUAUUAUUAUUAAUACUAAUGGAUGUUAAACGGAAUUAAACCCCAUUUCAUUACCUCUCGUAUAUUUCAUGUAAGCAUGGGUUAACCUAUAGGGAAAUAGUAUUUAUGAUUGCUGGGAAGUUGCUUCCUACCGUAGAACUUGAAAUCAUCAAGACUUGUGACAACAAAAAAAUAAAAGAUUCAACUUCUGAUUGAAUGAGAAAAGUGUGCAUCAUGAAUAUGUCAACAUAAUGUCAAUUACAAAUGUUUUUGUUUAUGCUAGGUUCUCACUGUCGUGCAAUGCGUUACAAUAGGAGUGUCCCUAUUGAGUCCAAGCACUGAUACUUGCAGGUACAUUCGGAUAAAUCAACACGAUUGCUAUGACUGAACUCAAUAUAUGAUAGGAUCACCACAAUUACUCCUGGAUUAAAACCAUGAUUUCAAUCGCAGCAUGAAUAAUGGUUGUGGGAACCUAGCAUGAGAUAUAAAUAAGUUUAUGGUUGAACUUGAACAGAUAACCUAAUGCUAUACUGGAGGGAACAUACCUUAAAAAGAAUACCUGCGUUAAGACUUUUAACUUAAGUCAAAGAUCCCUUCCAAUAAACAGACAUUUUGUAUUACAAAUUCCUAUCGUACUGUGUUUAUUUCAUUGAGUAGAAAAUUAAAACAGUGUAUAAUAGUCAGGUCAAGUUCUUUAUAUUCUGAUGAUUAUUUGAGAUCUUGUUUUGAUGUCUCCAGAUGGUUUAGUCAGGAAAAAAAAUAAAGUGUUUGAGCUUCGUAUGCUUUCUCAAAAUUUAGAGAGGAGAUGCUGAUGCUGAACAUUUAUUCUAUAUUUAUCAAAACUAAACAUGUGAUUUUUAGCUUUUUUAAUUUAUUUAUCAGUUCCAUUUUGUUUGAGCAAUGCAACAAAACCAAGCUUAAAGCCUAGUAACAUGUUCUUAAGAUAAUGGUACCUGAGAAUGCCUCUCAAACAAUUGCUGCAUUACAUAACUCUGAUCAUAUUAUGACAACAGAAGACUUGUGUUACAAAAUUUAAAUUUGGAAAUUUAAAAAAAUUUCUUGGAGUGAAGAUAAAUGCUGAUUUAGCAAAUUAAAUAUUUCCUGUGUUGUGUGUAAUCCAUAGUGGCUCUAACAGUAGGCUGUUGGCUCACUAACAAGAAAUUCCUGGGUUCAGUCCAAUGGUGGCUGAGAAAGUUUUUCUGGAUCUUGGCAGUGGUGCAGGUUAGAGGCCCUGACAAGUAGGACAUUAAACACUAUUACAUUUCACCUCUGUUGUGUGUGGAUUUUGUUUUGGAUGUGAUAUACCUCCAUGCUGGCAACUGCUAUUUAAGUACAAGUUUGGGUUGUGCCAUGUAACAUGGGUUUUUGAGGCAUUCUAUAUACAUGUACAGCAAUCUUUAGACUGUAAACCUGUACAUAUUGUAUAUACAUGUAUAUUUAUAUAUAUAUAUAUAUAGAGAGAGAGUAAAUAUAAUUAUAAUUUCAUUUUUGAUUAUUGACUGUAAAUUGUUUCAAAUCAGCUUCUUAUAAUGAUAAUGGUUGACAGCAAUCAAGAGAUUUACCUAUAGUGUAUUAUAAUUGUAUAUAAUGUGAAGUGCCCGUGUUUUAUAGCCAUUGAAUUUUUACACUUGAUUAUUUACUGUUUCUGUGUUCUUUUUAUCUUUAAAUCCUUGCUCAAAUGUUGACUACUCAGUCUUGGAAACUUUCUCUGGUUUUAUUAAAUUCAUAAGAUCUGCAAUGGUAAAAUGGUUAUGACGCUUGCUUUAUGUCAUGUUUUCUUCAGGACAAUGCCAGCUGAACUAUUAGGGCUUUUGUUCCCUUUGACAUUGUAAUUUUACAAUACAUUGAAAGGAUGAUUAUUUUAAAAUCGUUAUUAGAUUGUAUGGGUAAUUAGCAGAAUGACAUUUAAGUGGGUAAUAUAAGGGAGAAAGUUUCUGAUCUGGUGUUAUGAUUGUAAACAGCUACUUGUAUAAGUGUAUUAUUUAAGUUAAAUAAGAUUGAUAUAAGAAUGUUUGUUAAAGUUAUCUUUAACUUGAAGAAAUUAAAAAAAAAUCAAUUUA